AUGGCUGCAGAGCAUCAGCGCCGUGUCGCCGCCAUGGAUCCGCCACACAUCACCGAGUUUGCCUCGGAGCGCUACUUCGAGAAGCUCAACCAGCUGCGUGCCAACAACCAGCAGCAGGCGGAUCAUGCGGAAUCCAGCGCCGCGACAACAAUCACCACCCUACACGCCAAUCCCCCGUCGAGAUUCAUCCUGCCGCUGCGAGACUCGAAACCGGCUGAAUUCGAUGCUGUCAAGCCGGCCGACUCGAAGCGCGAUAAGAGAAGUUUCUUCAGUAUCCGACACAAAUUACAUUCCAAGUCCGAUACGGUGGAAGCUACGUUGAUACAACCUUCAAGAGCUUCCACAGAAUCGACGCGAAAAAGUGUUCCUCUUGACCAGCUCGUACUCGCACUGCCGAGCGAACUCCAGAUUCAGAUCGUCUCGUCUCUCCCUCUAACCGAUAUUCUUAACCUCCGAAUAACCUCCAAAUCAUGGCAUGCGCUCAUCACCCUCAACGAAGUCCCCAUUGUACGAUAUCACCUCGACCAUAAUAUACCCGCCUAUGCCACUCGUCUAUACCCGCUUAGAGACUCCUCCGACAUCAAUUUCCAUUACCUGUGUGGCCUAUGGCAUCGCCUUCAUGUUGCGGCUAAGCUAUCAUACCUGAUGUGUGACUGGAUCACAAAAGAUAUUUUCCUACGAACAACAGAAGCUCAGAAAUUAGCCUUCGCACCGCAGCACGAACGUAUGCGCCGACGACUGAUUCCUUUGCUCUUUACCGUUUUCCACUUUUUCGAGACGUACAGAAAAUUGCACCUGAAAUACAUUGCUGAAAAAGGAAAUGGGCUACUGAAGGAACCCUACACAGUGAAUCCGAUUGAAACGGAAAUUAUGAACAUGUACGACAACCGGACACUGCUGAGAGUACAUGAGGUCUUCCCGCUCAUCAUAUCCUCCUUCUGCCGCCGCCUGCGACCGCCGACGUAUGUUGGUCGAGUGGAACGAUCCCUUCGCGGUUACCUGAGGGAACGACCCCCCGACGAGGUUCAUGUGGCCAUCUUGUGUCUUGGUGGGCUUCGUCAGGUAGAAAGAUUGUGGGAGACAAAGGGCUAUAACAACCGACGGGCUGCUGUUGAUGUUUGGUUCAGCUCUCUUACCAAGGAACCUGUGGUGGAAGCACCUGCCAAGGGCCGGCUGGGAUUGAAAGGAUUUGGGCGAAAGAAGUCAACAAGCGGCGACCGACCUCCGAACCGAUCAUCGUUCAGCGAAGGGGCCCAUAGGAGUCCGUGGGGGUCAGUAGACUCUACCCACAACGGAGGCUUUAUCCCAUAUAGCGUCUUCAACAGCAGUCUUUCCGCCGAUGCGCCCAUGGCACCUCUUGAUCGCGACCAGGCCAGGACUCUGCUAGGGGAUCUGCCACAGCUGCAGCAAAUAUGGCUAGCAACGGCAGAGGCCAUGAUUAUGGAGCGAAAAAUCGUGCAGCGACCGCAAGAUAUCAAACGGAACCAGCAGGUUAUGCUGGACCUGAUAGGAGAGGAUGGCCUGGACGAAACAGACGAAUGGUACUAUGGUCGCCACAUGUCCGAAUCCGUAAGGCCGCCAGCAGCAGCGCUCGGCGACGAUGGAGAUUAA